AUGGCCAACAGCAAUCAUUCAGCAGUGUCUGAAUUUAUCCUCUUGGGACUCACAGAUAAUCCAGAGCUUCAAGUCCUUCUCUUUGGUGUAUUCCUGAUAAUCUAUUUAACAAGUGUCUUGGGUAAUAUUGGUUUGAUUGUGUUAAUUCAUAUCAGUCCUCAACUUCAAAUACCCAUGUAUUUUUUUCUUGGUCAUCUGGCUUUUGUUGAUUUUUCUUUUACUUCAUCUGUCACCCCAAACACUUUGGUGGAUUUUCUGUGUGAAGUUAAAAGUAUAGGGUUUUAUGCCUGUGCUGUGCAAGUGUGCUGCUUCAUCACCUUUGUUGUGUGUGAGAUGUAUUUGCUCUCAAUCAUGGCAUAUGAUCGGUAUGUUGCCAUCUGCAGCCCUUUACUCUAUGUCAUUCUCAUGCCCAGGAAACUCUGUAACCAAAUGAUCGCCAGCACAUACAUCUAUGGAUUGACUGUGGGUCUCAUACAGACUGUGACCACCUUCCAAUUGUCUUUUUGUGGCUCCAAUGUCAUCAACCAAUUCUACUGUGAUGAAGUUCCCUUGAUCGGGCUGUCCUGCUCUGACACGCAUGUCAAAGAGCUGAUGUUGCUAAUCAUUGCUGGAUUGAACAUCCUUUGUUCUCUACUGAUUGUGACAAUUUCAUAUGUGUUCAUCCUCUUUGCCAUCCUGAGAAUUCAUUCCACUGAAGGAAGACACAAAGCCUUUUCUACCUGUGCUUCCCACCUGACCUCCAUAACAAUAUUUUAUGGGACAAUCAUUUUUAUGUACCUACUGCCCAAGUCUAGCCAAUCUUUAAACAGAGAUAAGUUUGCUUCAGUGUUUUAUGUGAUAGUGAUUCCCAUGUUAAAUCCAUUGAUCUACAGCUUGAGGAAUCAGGAGGUAAAAAAUGCACUGAAAAAAAUUAUAGAAAAGUUGGUUUUGGCUAUUAAAUAG